AAUGCUUUGGUAAAACCUCGAGAGGACUAUGUCGACGUCUUUUUUCGUCAUCUGGAACAGUGUGCGAUUAAAUGGACACCGGAACAGUUCUAUGCUCCAUACACAUCGCUCGUACAAGCCAGCGGCACUGGCAAGUCAAGACUAUUACGAGAAUUGGCAGUUGAAAAAGACGUCUUGGUGGUGUAUAUUUGUUUGCGCGAUUCAAUAACGAGGGGCUAUCCAAACCGUUCUAUCAUUGCUGAUGUAAUCACUAAAAAGGAUGCUUCAGAAACUUACUAUCUUACCUUCUUAUUGGCUUUGUUUGGUGUGUGUUCAAAAUUCUUGGAUCAACAACUUCGUGAAAAUGCGGAAAAGACAUGUGGCUGUGUGUUUGACAUUCUUAUCAGUGACAAAAAUGAUGAAACGUUCGAACUACAAAAAUGUUUUUGGAACGAGGUGAUGGAGCAGAUGAACUUGCAAGAGGUCUCGACUGAUAUUAAAGGAAAGAUAGCAAAUCGAUAUAAAAACCUUAUGGUUACUUUGAAAAAAUUGAGCAACCCCUCUUCAUUUAAGAUGUUAUUAGCCUUUGACGAAGCUGGUAUAUUGAUUGACAACAACACUUCUGAAAACAAGGGUAAUUUUUAUUACUUACGGAAGGCACUACAGGCUAUUCCACGUGGAAGUUUUAUGGCACUUUUCACAGACACUCUCUCAAAAGUUUCAGAUUUCUCUCCUGCCAAACGCCACGACUCAUCCAGCAGAGUCAGCCACGAAGGACAAAUACUGUAUAAACCAUUUUACCUUCUUGAUGUAUUUGACUGCCGCAUGCAACAACCAGUAAAUAUUACAAUUUCAUCAUCAAUAAAUCAAAUUCGCAAUAUGGGACGACCUAUAUGGGCAGACAUUAAAGAAGAAGAUAUCAUAAGAUAUGCCAUGGAGAAAAUUCUUUGUGAUAGGAAGAAAGUUAUGUACAUGUAUCAGGAAAAAAAGAUAUUAAUUAAGACGGUGACAGAAGCACUAGCAAUUCUUGGCCCACGACUUUAUUUGGAAAUCUCAA